CCAAAUCAGUCUGUUCGUCGCGAAUGUUGUACAUGUUGUGCGGGUGAGGUGAUAGUUAUGUUCGUGCUUGAUCGCAUAGUUUUCUUUCCAUCUGACCUCUGGAUAAAUUGUUUUAAAUUGAUAUGAAUGUCGUACGGUUCGACCGAAAUAUGUUCUCCAGGUAAUCGAUGGCCCAAUCUACGUGGUAGUUCGAUUUCUUUAAGAUGUGCACCAGUUUACACGCAAGAAUAAUUAUGUGAUUUCAUUAUUGUCCAAUUUUGCUGGAGGAAAAUGUAUGCUAAUGUAAUACGUUGAAGUGCGAACAAGACGACAUCAAUAAGGCCGUUAACUAGAAGAGCAAGGCAGUAGUUGACUACACUUAUUGGAAAGAGUUGCAGAACAAAAGUGUUCGUGUACGCUCGAGUCAAUGGAAUAGUUGUGUGUGUAAUGUGUGAUUGCUGCUGCUUUUCCAGCUUGAAGAAAAAUUCGAUUUUAUGGAAGUUAUUUGAGGUGUGAUGAGAAGAUGUUAGUUAAUACACGCAGAUAAUAACAAGAAUGUGAAUCCGGUGCAGAAAUGGUGUUUAACUUCUUGGAUUACACAAUUUAUUGGAUUAUACGUACAAAAAUAAUAGAAUUUUGUUAACAUGACAUGAACGAUUAAAGUAACUUCUGAUCGUAGACGAUCACAUCAGUUUCUAGAACUGAGCGAAUUAAACUGAUAGCGUGCUUGUUGCGGCUAUGUAACAAACACAUUUGCCAAAAACAAAAACAAAAGGACGCGCAAUAAUGGAGACUGGUGAUACAGCAACCCUCCCGAUGGGCACUAUGGUACCUGCCCUUGUUCGUCCAAACACACUACUGCCGCCCGAGAAAGAACCAGUUCAGUUUCAGAUAAACCUCAUUGGCGCCCCGCCAGAAGUAGAACAACUGAUCGAGCAUAUCAAAGCCGUGGCAGAGCAGUUUCUGUAUCACUGGAAAACGUUUCCCAUCAAUUUACCUACACCUCUUUCUAGCAGUCCUGGAGGUGGCGUAGGAAAUGGAGGCGGCGGUGGGGGUGCUAUUGUUAGCAGCAUCAAUAUCAAUAACAUGGCUGGCAUCAAUCGGAAGUCACGCCCGAUCAACUUGCGUGAUCUUUUUAUUGCUCCCCCAUUCGACGAACUGGAUGCUGUAGCGGCGGAUGGCACGGGUGAACCAAGAUUGCUGAAUAACUCUCAGCUACGAUCGCUGCGCGAGCGAGGCUUGCAAAAGGACAAAUUUGGCAAACCGAAGAAAUUAAAUUUGGAACAAUUGGACUCGAUACAGUUGACCGGUGAGUUUGAGGUACCCAGCCUAAAUUUUCCGGGUCAAAUGCAUCGCUGGCGACUUUCACAGUUCCUGCAAAAAGGCUCCGAUAGGACGCGCGAUUCUCUGCUAGGGGAUCUGGCCAUGUCUGCACGGUUUCUGGUUAUUACUGCCAAAGGACGAUUGUUUGGACAUUUUUUCUCCGUUAGUCACGCUGCCCGCGCUCUUCUGCAGGGGUUGACUAAGUUGAUUGAUAUGGUGAUAGGUGUUCCAUCCUUAUUGGCGCAGAACCUCGAUAAUAAAAUUAGGGAAGAACGAUGCCGCUAUUUGGUAGCCGAGUUAGUUUGUAGAAGUGAAUACGAAGACUGUUUGGACGCUCUCUGUGGCUACGUACGACAUCAGCUUCGUCGGGCCACCAUGGAAAAGUUCGAUGUAAAUUGUCAGCAGGCGCAACCGGUACCUUAUCUAUACGUUACUCCAAAGGGCCAGGAUAUAGACAUGCGCUUGUUUUCCAAAGAUAUUAUGCGCAAAGCACUGCCUAUCCUCGUUGGGAUACUGGAAAAGGAAACCCGUGGGUGGUUCUUACACUUUCGCGAACGUUUAAUUGCUGAAUUGCGAGAACGAAAAAUGACAGAUGCUGAAAUCGAAGAAGAGGUCAAUGAUGCCGUAAUGAAAGAGUAUCUUCAACGAGUUUAUACGUCUAUAUUAUCGAACAGCGAUUUAGCUGAUCUUGGCGAUAAUAUACCACAGCUUUUAGUGCAGCAAGCUCAGUCAGUGGUCAUUAUGCACAAAGCUGUUGAUAAAAUACAAAAAGAGUUGAAAAAAUCUCGCGACGAGCAACGGAAGUUGUUUCAGGAGGAACAUCCAGUUUUAUCACGUAUUUCUCCCUGGUUGUACGCGAAGCUUGAGUCUGGAGAACAAACCAAGAUAUCAAAGAUAACAUGGGGAGCGCACGAAGAAGCACUCAAGAUCGCACAGAAGCACAACUUACACCAAACGGUAUAUUUUCUAAAUCGCGAUUUGGCGUUUAUGAAAGAGCGAGAGCCGGUACUGCUUAAAGAAUUAAAAAACGCUAAAACGCCGACCCGCAACUUCCAAUGGGCUUGUCGAAUAUGGUCACCAAAAUCCUGGAUCAUACGUCGUAGUUUCCAAGGCCACUCGGAAAUAAUACCAACUGUUAUCACGCAACAGGCUACUUCAAUAGUUACCCCUCGAUCGGAUCCUAGUCAGCCAGUAUUUCUAGUAGAAAAGGAAUUGGUCCGAUCAACCAGUACGCGAUGGCCAAUGUGGCGUAUGUUGAAUCUCUUCCAACGCACUUGGACAUGGACGUGGAACAUAAUGUUUUUGUUGGGAGUAAUCGUACCAUGGUGCAGUCCGCUUGGGCUUCGUGCUCUGUUUUGCAUUAAACCAUUCAUGGCAGAUUUGGAGCUAUCUCAGGUAAACGGAACGCUUUUCCCUCGAAAAACCAGUAUAACGCAAACGAUGUGUUCCCGCCUGGUGGAGCUGUGGAGACAUAUUUCAAAAGCAAGGACACAUUUUGAAACGGAACCGGACACCGGAUUUGUCGGCAAAGGCAUGACGAGACAUUUAAAUAGAUUGUACAAUUAUUUCGUAAAGGGUUUCCUAGGCUCACUUCUUAUACUCACAAUGUUUCCAUUGCUGUGUGUUAGUGUUAGUAUUAGCAGUAUAGCAUUUGCCAUAGCAGCACCCCUGUGGAUGCCUUUCAUUACCGUUACCCUGCACCUGUACAUGAUGCUUGUGUACGAUUUGGACUGUCCCGACGAAAGUCGACGUAACCGCUACUGCAUUUUUCUCGAAGCUGUUGGAUGGAAUAUUGUAGUACAGGGUCUGAUUCAACCGCUCGUCGCAUUGGUGGUAGCCUCAACGAUAUGUCCAGCAGUGUCUGUAGUGGUGUUGUUCGUUGGGGUCGCCAGAUAUUGGUUAAGAUUGUUCUGGGAUGCAAUCACAUUUCAUCUGUUCAUCAAAAAAUGUGGCCGUGUACCUGCGAGCGAUAGCUUAGCUGUUAAGCGUAUAGCAGGUCCAGGAUUAGCAUUAGACUACUACUUCUCGAUCAAGCCAGAGCAAGCUUUAGCAGCAUUUGAAGCUAAAAUGGAACUUGAUGAAUUACAGGCUUAUCAACAUUCAAUGGAAACAAUUAUAUGCCAACCGCAGAAGGAUUUCAGUCAAUUUGUGGAAGCUUGCUUUGGGCCUUUCUCGGCACAACUUUCAAAAACGGUUGGGCCUUACCGGCAGCUUGAGCGAGAAGGUCAAGAUUUGAUGACUUCUUUGCAUGAAAAAUUGGAAAAGCGGCGUAGAGACCUACAGACCGGCCUUACCACGGCUGUGAAAUCAAGGAUUAAACUGAGUACAAUGGAACUGAAAAUUGUCAUUCAACAAUCGGCUUACAUGUUGGAAAAGUUUUAUCCUUCACACGUUAUAGCGAGACUUUCAAUCAGUGAGGAUGAAUUCUGGGACGCAAAGGGUCUCUCCGUCGGAGAUUGGGCAGGUCUAGCCGGCUUGCUGUACGCUGAUAUUUUUAGCUUGGACUUUUUAACACCCUUAGGGGAAAGCGAUACACAGUUCAAGCUAGAACCUCACUCACAGCUGGAUUUGUCCCGUUAUACCGAAAUGGUACAAAACACUAGUGACAUAAUGGGUAUAAACGGGCCAGAUCUGCUGGGUAAUGUCUAUGCACCGCGAGGCAAUAUCCAGGUGCACUCGCCAUAUUUAGAAGUUUCCGCUUUCAACCCUCGUUCGCGGGUGAUGAUUAAUUCUAGAAGAGCCGAAAAGAGAAAUGACACGUCCUCUGGCUUAACCACACCACGUGUGAGAGCGCGUCGUUCACCUAUUCCGACACCGAAUUCACGCAACAGUUGGAAACCGUGGAAACGAAAACAGCAGAAAAAACAUGCGACCGACAAGCUAUUGAUUCCAUUGCCGAUUCCGCAUCCCGUUCAUAUAGCCAUAUCAAUCUACAACCGCGAUUCGGAGCAUCCCAUUCCGGUUGAAUCGGACAUUUGUUGGGAUAUUCUGCGAUCGAUCGAAGAAUGCCAGGGAGAUUUGGAGGCGAUUUUACGCUUCCGGGAAUCUGGUGCCGUAGGAAAUCGUUCAGUCGGAAUCAGUGUUGAUGGGCUAGCCGCAAUCGAUUCCAGUAUUGAUUCGUUAGAUUCGCAAAAUUCCUCUAACUCUGGGACCAAGGACAGCAUGGAUAUGAUGGCGGGCGCUAGUGAAACGUUGCCAUGUACCAAUCGUGAGGUAACUAUCAUUAUGCCAUCUACUACCAUGGGCGAUGUAGAUAAUGUCGAUUCUACGAUGGAUCGGAUUAGCAUCGAACCGGCCAGUGAUGUUACGCCGACCACAGCGCCUGCUCAUUUUCAUUGGACACUAAGAAACUGGGUGGGUGGUAAUGGUAGCCAAGCGGCAGCGGCUGCUCGUCGACGCAAUACCAGCUAUACGUAUAGUAGCACCGCGAACACUGUACAAGGUAAUUUGAACAGUGCCAGCACCAUUUCACAAAACGAUGCGCAGCUCGAACAGAUUCGUGUAGAUCUGGCUAGUCCUGAGGAUAUUUCGUUGGACACUGACAGCUCUCGAGCUGUGUUCAGUGCCGCUUAUGGAACAACAGUUUAAGCAGAUGUUUGCUUCCGUUAUUCAAAGAAAACAUUAUAUUUGUGAUAAAAACAAGUACAGAUUUAAUUUCUCAGUACGCGAGAAACGAAUUGUAGAUGUGAACGUGCGUUAGAAACACACAUUAUUUACAUCCAGUGUUAACCUUUAAUUUUUUUUAUAUUGUUUAAAUCCGUUUUGAGAUAUAUUUUUUAUCUUUUUUAAAUGAGUUA